AGCUUGUAUAAGGCAAUUUACGUAAAAACAUGGCAGCGCUGUUCACAGUGAAAACGUGCGGCAAAAAUUCAUCAAAUAUGCGCAGUUUACUUGCUCAAGCUUUCAAGUCAGCUUCCUUGAAGCAAUGUCAGGCAUUGCAGAGCAAUGCUCGUCUGAUCAGAACAUUUGCUCCCCUGCUAGCGGCUGAAGCCAAACGCUCCUUUGAGAGAGGAAAGCCUCAUGUAAACAUAGGAACCAUUGGUCAUGUUGACCAUGGCAAGACCACCCUCACAGCGGCCAUCACCAAAGUUCUUGCUGAGGAAGGCAAGUCUGAAUUCCAUAAGUAUGAUGAGAUCGACAAAGCACCAGAGGAGAAGAAGAGAGGUAUCACAAUCAACGCAGCUCACAUAGAAUAUGAAACAGAGGGCAGGCAUUAUGCUCACACUGAUUGCCCAGGGCAUGCAGAUUACAUCAAGAAUAUGAUUACUGGAGCUGCCCAGAUGGAAGGUGCUAUAUUGGUUGUCGCUGCAACCGAUGGCCAGAUGCCUCAGACAAGAGAACAUCUCCUUCUUGCCAAACAGAUUGGUGUUGAUAAAAUAGUUGUUUAUAUCAACAAGGCUGAUGUUGUAGACAAUGAGAUGUUAGAGCUUGUGGAGCUUGAGAUGAGGGAUGUUUUGAGUGAGUUUGGAUAUGAUGGAGAGGAAACGCCUAUCAUCAUCGGCUCAGCUCUUAAUGUUCUUGAGGAUAAGAACCCAGAGCUUGGGAGAGAAUCCAUCAAGAAGUUAAUGGAAGCUGUGGAUAGCUGGAUUCCACUACCUCUCAGAGAACUAGAAAAACCAUUCAUGAUGCCUGUUGAAGCGGUCUAUUCUAUUCCAGGUCGUGGUACUGUUGUAUCGGGUCGUGUUGAGAGGGGCGUUAUCAAGAAGAGUGAAGAAGUAGAAUUCGUUGGGCACAACGCUAGAGUCAAAUCAGUUGUAACAGGUCUUGAGAUGUUUCAUAAGACGUUAGACCAGGGUGAAGCUGGAGACCAGAUGGGGGCGCUAGUCAGGAACGUGAAACGAGACGAGAUCAGGAGGGGUAUGGUCAUGUGCAAACCAGGGGCUUUAUCACCUCAUAACAGAUUUACUGCACAGGUAUACAUUCUAAGUAAAGACGAAGGAGGAAGACACAAGCCAUUCACAAGCAAUUUCACACCCGUCAUGUAUUCCUAUACAUGGGAUGCUGCAGCUAGGAUAACUCUACCGGAGGGCAAGGAGAUGGUCAUGCCUGGAGAGGAUACCUCCUUGGAGAUCAGCCUCAAGAAGCCUAUGGUAUCAGAGGUCGGUCAACGCUUCACGUUACGAGACGGACGCAUCACGCUCGGCACGGGAGUCAUCACCAAAAUCCUCCCUAACGUUGAGACCGAAGUCUAAUCACCAUAUAACAGUCCACCUUGCAUGUGCAAGUCAGAUCUACCGUGACCUAUGAAAUAGUUUCAUGUAGGACAAGUUUGAUAUGCAUAGGUAAAGAACAAAAGACAUUUGAGAAAUAGGGACCUUUUGGUCACCCAAGUAUGAUGCAGUCUUUGAUAUCUGAAAGUUUGAUGGCUCGAUAUAAGUGAGUUUAUCCUUGUGGAUGUUGUGGUCUAUACUUAGACUGAGAUGUGUGUAAAACUCGUGCUACCGGCUUUACUAAUAUUGAUCUAUACUAGUGAUAUUAUUGCACAAUUUAACAGACAAAAUGGAAGUCAUUUUAGAGCCUACCCAGUGUUGCCAUGCACACAGGGCAAGUUAUCUACACAAUACCAAUUUGAAAAGGAUGAGCAUCUCAUUCGUAGGCUGAAAAUCCUUUUGCAGUUUUGCUGGGGUAUGGCUAUUGGAUCAAACCUGAACUUGAAAUUGUGUUGUCUAAAGUAUCAUGAUCAGUGUUGGGUUAUCUAUCCUGCUGAUGAUAUAGUGUGUAGUGCAAUUUGAUGCCAACAUUCUUCAGCAGAUACACCAAUUGAUAAUUCACUCUAAUACAUAAACUGCUCUGUAUUGGUGUCAACUCCCAAAACCGUGCUGUCAAACUUUCCCAAAUAUUUUUGUUCUAGAGAACCACCAGUAAGUAAUUGAAUAUAAGUAUAUAAUAGGAUUUUUUUUUUAACUAGGUUAAUUGACCAUAGAAUCAAGAAAAAAUAUGUUUAUUUAUUUGACAAUAUGAAGUUGAAAAUGGGUUUGUAUAUCUCUUCUCUUUUCUACCAUUUCUUGCUUUUUCAUGAGAAAAUUAAGUUAAUCUUUGGGUGGCAGAAGUAUUUUGAUUGGCAGAAAAAAAGAGGGCAUUUCAUUGUAUUGAAUCCUAGAUGUUAUGUAUGGUAUACAUAUUAUGUAUAUACAUGUACCCUGAUAUGUGUUUCUCCCUUUUCACCAAAUCUAGUUUCAGAAUGCAUAAGUGCUUGAUAUUUUCAUAUUCAUGAUUUUAUCAAUGGAAGCAACAGUAUCCAAUUGAAAAUACAUGUAGCAGGACUGUCUUUGAAGAUUUGAAAAAUAAAGAAAUGUCUCCUACAAAACUUGAACAUUGUCUAUUUCAAAAACAUCAGACGAUGCUUUGUCACAUUCAUGUGUACAUUUACAUUGAGUCAAAAAGUUUACAGCACAUCUAUCCAUGUAAGUGUGUCAACAAAUGUCACAGGACCAUGCAAAGCUAUAAGUAUUUGAGGCUCUGAAUCCUCGUAUAUUUUUUAAUGAUCCUGAAACCUGCCGUUUCCUAUCCUGUGUAAUACACAUUAUUUGUGACGGGGGGAGCAUUUCAUAAAGCUGUCUGUCAGUGAUUUUCACCGAUAAUUGAAUCUUUCCGUUUUAUGCAUUACUGAAAUCCUUGCAUUUGAAACUUUCAAUAAAAACACUGACAAGUCACUUCAUGCAAUGCUCCCUUGAUUAAAAACUGUGGUGCCAGAAGGUACAACCUCUAUCUUUUUUACUUAGAGAAUGGAUGAAGUACCUUCUGGCACUAAAGCUCUGUGUAUGUGAGAUACAUUUUGUAAUCUUCGUGAAUGAUGUCAUGCUGAUAUGGAAAAUGUUUUUGAUCGCUUUAUAUUGCAAAAUCCUAAUCUUGUGUUUAUUGCUACAUUUAAAUGAAGCAAUUCAUGUUUGCAAAUAGAUCUGUCUGUAGCAAGCGCUUUUCUGUGAAUGAUUAUUCCUUUACCAUGAAGCAUUGAGAAUCUUACACAGACAAACUUAUAUCCAGUCACGUGAUAUUGUAUAUUCAUAUGUGAUGAUUAUACACAAUUAUUCUAUUUCACUUUUCGUAUGAAAAAUAAAGCCAUUGAAUGUA